AUGUUGUUAGUUUAUUCAACAAAUGUACAAGCGAUAAUAAUUUUAUUAGUUCUCAUAAUUAUUAUCAGUGAGUUCUUUGCAGUGCGUGGAACGUCUAGUGAUUUUGUGACAACGCGAAGGAAUGCUUAUUGGUUGCGAGAUUAUGUGGUUGAUAGUGAAACUGAAUCAAACGAUAUAUAUGCAGAAAGUGAAGUUGAUAAAUCUGAUAAAACAAGGAUUGCGGAGCGUUAUAGUUUGCGUUUUAGUCCGAUCUUACUACAAUCGAAAAUAUUUUUGCAUAAUUCACCACAAAUGAAUAUGGUUAAUUCAGGUCCAACAGUAAUUCCAGAAUCAACUACGUUAAAAGAAGAAACUACAACAGAGAAAGAUAUAACAACAACAGUUUUGCCCAUAACAUCUACAACCAUAUUACCUCCAGAUGUUUCUACUACUUCGUCGAAACCAACAACGAGUACCAUUUCAACCACAAUGAAAACAGUUAUUAUGAAACCUAUAAAUCCCUUUCCAACUGCCCUUCUACCGAAUAAAUUGAAGAAUAUUUUGGUAUAUGGAUCAGCGGCAAAGUUAAAUCUCUUUCAUAGAAGACCUGGUACAGCAAUAAAAAACAAAAGUAAAGGCUUUCUCAGUUUGUUUGAGGUGAUUAAAUUUGAAAAUAGUAAAUGUGAAGUGGAAAUGGGUGACAUACGCACUAUGCAUGGCGUAUGUUAUCAUGAGUUUGAGUGCAAAAGCCUUGGUGGAAUACCGACGGAGUCAUGUGCUGGUGGCGUGGGUGUUUGCUGCAUAUCUACUAUGCUGCAUAGUCUUAACGAAGCAGUUGUCUAUUUUGAGAGUCCGAAUUAUCCAAAUCCGGUACGUGAAAUGAUGAUUUGUGUGUUGAUUGUGAAUUUGCGUAAAAAUGUGCAGCAACUGCGUUUGGAUUUACUGAUGUUUGAAAUUAAUCGGCCUACAGACGGCGAUUGCAUUGAUGAUCAGUUUAUAGUGUCGGGACAAAAUAUAAAUUUUGCAGUGCCAGUUCUGUGUGGCAUUAACACAGGAGAACAUAUUUAUAUACAUGUUGGAAACUCAUUGGAAAAUAAAAUUUAUCUGUCUUUUUUUGCAAAAGUGCCAACAGGGGGUAGAAGUUUUAAUAUUAAAAUAACACAGUUGGAAGAUAAUCUUGCACCUGAAGGUUGUCUACAAUAUUACACAGAUACAACAGGUGUGGUUAAGUCGUUUAAUUAUGACAUAGAAGGCACCAUCGUUGAGAAUAAGGAGGCCACAUAUUUGAAUAACUUAAAUUAUGCAAUUUGCAUGCAACGUGCCAAGGACUACUGCACAGUUACCUACACGAUGGAACAGCUUGGUGGUGAACAACUGGAUUUUCAAAUAAUUAAUAAGGAUGAAGAAUCUAAUGACUUGGUGCCCGAUGGACAGGCCGGAGCAGGCAUUUUUAAUUGCCCCGAUGAUUUUUUGGCAAUCAAUCAGGUGCGCUUAUGCGGAGAACGUUUUAAUGAUGGUACCGAAAUAGAAGACUUUUCUUUAAAUGCACCUAUAAAGGAUAUAUCUGCCGGCCCCAUAAUUUUACCCUUUCGAAGCGACGCUGAGUAUGUUGGUCGCGGUUUCCGUUUGGCUUACAAGCAGGAUGCCUGUUUACAGCGAUAGUAACUC